AUGAGACCACUGCUCAAUGUCAAUCAAUUAAAUGUAUGUAAUGCUAUUCUUGCUGCAUUGAAUGAACAACCAAGUGUAGAAAAUCAGCAUUCUCGAUUGUUUUUCAUGGAUGGACCGGCUGGUAGUGGAAAAACGUUUACAUAUAAUUAUUUGAUUGCUGAAACCAGCAGUAGAGGUAUCAAAUCUGCUACAGCUGCAUGGACUGGCAUAGCAGCAACUCUUCUUACAAAUGGAUCUACAUUGCAUGGCUUAUUCAAACUUCCUGUUCCAAUAUUAGAUAACAGCACAUGUAAUGUUACUCCAAACUCUAUGCAUGGACACUUUUUAAGUCAGGUUAGUUUGUUUUUGCUUGAUGAAACAUCCAUGAUACCCAAACAUGCAUUAAAUGCAAUUGAUAGGUUAUUAAAAGAUGUUUGCAACAACAACUUUCCAUUUGGAGGAAAAGUCAUUCUUUUUGGAGGCGACUUUAGACAAAUACUGCCUGUUGUGAAAAGAGGACAACCAGCUGAAGUUGCAGAAGCAUGUAUAAAAUGUUCUUAA